AUGCGACUUACCAACGCUCUUUUCGCUGCAAUUACUUUUGCAAUCGCGGUUGCACAAGAUCCUGAGGGUGAAUUUCGCAGCGGACAGCUCUAUUUCUGCCAAGACCCUGACUUUCAUAAAUGCCAAAACAUCACUUAUGACCAAGAUAAUUGCGUUGACCUCGAAGACUUGGGUUUAAUGGAAGUUAUGACCGGUUUCAAUACUUUCGGCUACGGAUGCGAGUUUUACGGUGGGGACCAAUGCGUAGUCAACGACUUUUACUUCGCCUUUCGAGGUAAUAUCAGCGAUCUUCUAUUAAGCGAGUAUAGCAAAUCCAACGACCGUAUUACUGCGUUCCGUUGCGGCACAUAA